ACGCUCUGAUGUGUUACAGCGUACAUCUAUUGACGUUUAUAACUCGCGCCACCCACAUCAAAGUCAGUUGCAUAUCCUGCCAAAUUCUUCUUCCCAUGUGUCCCUGGCGACCAGAUUCCUACUGGACGAUUGGCAUACGAGCUAUUUAUUGCAAGACUCGGGAUCUGGGCUGGGUCCGUUGCAUUUGCAACGCCGGAUGACUGCGUUUGGGUUUAAAGGCUGUGGGAUUCGUAGGGGUUUGGAAAAAUCUUGUUUUUCCCUUGCCAAUUUGCCUUCCACCUUGCAUCAGUCCACGCUGCAACAAACAUGCGGGAUUACGAUGAAGUUACAGCCUUCCUGGGAGAAUGGGGACCCUUCCAGAAGAUGAUCUUCUUUCUUCUGAGCGCCAGCAUCUUCCCAAACGGUUUCUGCGGAUUGUCCAUCGUCUUCGUCGGGGAUAUCCCAGAGCAUCGCUGCUCGAUUCCCGGGAAUCUCAACCUCAGCCAAGCCUGGAUGAACAGAACCAUCCCACUGGUGCCAGGAACCCAAAUCCAGUACAGCCAAUGCAGUCGCUACCGCUUGGAUGUGAUCAGGAACCUCUCGGAGGUGUUUCCAGACCCAGAUCUCCUCAACGUGUCCGGGAUCGAAGAGGAGCCGUGUUUGGAUGGAUGGGAAUACAGCCGGGACCAGUACACCUCCACCAUCGUCUCUGAGUGGGACUUGGUGUGUAACAAUGACUGGAAAGGACCUUUUUCUAUGUCUGUAUUCUUCCUGGGAGUUCUGGUUGGCACCUUUAUCGCUGGCCAGUUGUCUGACAGAUUUGGGAGGAAGUCUGUUUGGUUUGGAACCAUGGCUGUGCAGACUGGAUUCACUAUGAUUCAAGUGUUCUCGCCAAACUGGGAAAUAUUUUGCGUUCUCAAUUUUUUUGUGGGCAUUGGACAGAUUUCAAACUACGUAGCUGCCUUUGUUAUAGGAUCUGAGGUCCUUGGGAAAUCAAUCCGGGUUGUCUACUCUACACUAGGACUUUGCAUUUCUUAUGCAAUCGGCUAUAUGUUCCUGCCUUUCAUUGCAUACUUUAUACGAAGCUGGAGGAUGCUGCUUUUUAUCCUGUCUCUUCCAGGCCUGCUCUACAUUCCUCUGUGGUGGUUUGUGCCUGAAUCCCCACGCUGGCUUUUGCACAAAGGACGGAUACAGGAGGCUGAAGCAAUAAUCCAACACAUGGCAAGGAAAAAUGGCAUCACUCCUCCACCUGUACUCUUCAAUGAUCUUGAGCUGGAAGAGAUGAAGGCUAAAAGUGUAAUAUCUCAUACAAUAAUACACUUGGUGAAAACCAGUAAUAUCCGAGCCAUCACAAUUAUCAACUUCCUUGUGUGGAUGAUUCUAUCAAUUGAGUACUACGGCCUAUCUUUGAGCACACCAAACCUCAACGGCAAUGCCUAUUUGAACUGCUUCUUCUCUGCUGCCAUUGAAGUUCCAGCCUACACAGCUGCCUGGCUCCUUCUCCAGAGACUUGGCCGCAGGUUCAGCCUUUCAGGAGCACUUUUUCUUGGAGGCGGUGUUCUUUUCUUCAUCCGGCUUGUACCAUCAGAUCUUUCAGCGCUUACCACAACACUGGUCAUGGUCGGAAAAUUUGUUAUUACUUCUGCCUUCUCCAUUGUGUAUGUCUAUACUGCGGAGCUCUACCCAACUGUGGUCAGAAACAUGGGCGUCGGAGUGAGCACCAUGGCCUCCAGAACCGGCAGCAUCAUCUCUCCAUAUUUUGUUUACCUCGGAGCAUAUAAUGAACUUCUGCCCUUCAUUUUAAUGGGAGGUUUAACAAUCCUGUCAGCAGUUCUAGUCUUGUUUCUGCCUGAAACAAUCAAUAAUUCUCUUCUGGAAACCAUUGACCAGAUGCAGGACAUCAAGUGCUUCAAAUUUAGAACUCCUUGCAGCAAUCAAGACCGUUCUGUUCAAAAUGAAAUGGGUGAAAAAUCUGAUGGUCAUUAAGAAGCAACAGAUUGGACUUGACUGCGGCCGUAAUACUGUAAUGUAGGAGAAAUUGCAAGCAUCUUUUUUGGGGAUGCGUCACAGAGUAACAUUAUCUCAAGUCACAAUAUGUCCAGCAAUACAACUACAGUACUCAGGGACCACUGUAAAAGACUAGUACAUAG